GUAUUGGUGACGUCACACAACAAUGACUUCAGCUCUGUUGAUUGGUUCCAAACGUAGCUCAAGGUUGCCAUACUAGUAAGCCUAUCAUUAAUUGCGCCGUAGUAGUGGUAGUAAGAGGAGCUGUCGUCUGCCGCGAUGGAUACACUAUUGUUACAAGCUGUGGUCAUACUUGAGGUUGUAGUCCUUGGAUUAAGUGAAGUCGUCAUUGAAAUUAAGCUGGAACACUAUAAUAAUCCAUCAAGCAAGGAACUAGAUGGCGAUUGUUGUGAUUUCAGUUUUGGAUCAUGCACUUCAAAUCCCUGUGAUAAUAUAUUUAAAGUUUGUCUCGACAAUCCUGGUAGCUCGACUUCAUUCUCAACAUGUCCUAUUGGGAGUGUGACCACGGCUAGAGUGUUCGAUGGUAAUGAUAACUUCGAUUCAAUAUAAAUAUCGAGUAAGAUGUCAAAAUGACUAUUACGGCACGUCGUGUUCUAAGUAUUGCGUCGACACCGACGACAGUGAAGAUGGUCAUUACACCUGUGAUCCAGGUACCGGAGACAAGAUAUGCAACCCUGGAUGGAUAGGUGAAUCAUGUGACCAUGACAUUAACGAAUGUCAAAGCACACCUUGCGUGAAUGGAGGCACUUGUCAACACGGUGUCGAUUCGUAUGUGUGUAUUUGCCCACCUGCCUGGGGUGGAUCUCUCUGUCAUUUACUACAAGAUGAAUGCAUAAACUUCCCAUGCGCAAACAAUGCCACAUGUGAAUCGGACGUACUUAGCGAUGGUACUUCCAAUUACACAUGUACUUGCGAACCUGGAUGGGAAGGGAUGAACUGCACUGAUGAAAUUUAUGAGUGCGAAUCAUCUCCUUGUUUGAACGAUGGUGUAUGCCAGGAUCUUCUGAACGGAUGGAAUUGUCUUUGUAAAGAAGGCUGGGAAGGAGGCGCGUGUGAGGAAAGAGUAACGUUAACAACAACAUUGGAAGAAACAACUAUGAUCAAAAUACAUUCAACAUUAUCGCGUUCGAAUCCAGAAGAGCAACAGCAAUCUGGAUCGGAUGGUAUAUCCGAUCCGGUAAUUUACUCCAUAUUAGUAAUUGGACUUCUGCUUAUUAUUUUCAUUUUACUGUUAAUCUUGGUAAGAAAAAGAAUGAAUCGAAAGAUGGAUGAAGGGGAUGCCAUGGAAAUUCCAGUUGAUAGCCAGCCAUCAGUAGUCGCGAUUUCUCAAGUCCAUCUUGAUCAAGCGGCUGGUGGCGGAAUUUAUGAAUCUUCUCUGCCAGCAAAGAAAAUUCCGUUUGAGGAGGACGAAAUUGGAUCUUUUCAAAAUCCUGUGUAUAUGUUGACUUUUGAAGACUUAAUGGCAAAAAAUGCACAAGAAGAGAAUGUUUAUGAAGAAUGUAAAGACUCCGAUAAAGACAACACUGUCGAGGAAAACCCCUAUGUAGAUAUGACUUCGGUUGCAGCGUCAACAACUGUCGACCCAGUACCGAGUGCUGUACCAAAUUUAUAUUUCGUUGAUUAAAUUAAUCCAUGGGGCGACAAUGAGUUCCUGAUAGAACAUGCCACCUUGAGUUAUCGGCAAGCUAUAUUGUUAUAUCUGUUAGCCCUUAUGGGCCUGCCUUAACAGCACUUUGCACAUUGCACGCACUUGCCAACAUCGGAUGGUAUUGUAUUCUGACGCAUUACCGCCUGCCAUUGCCUUACCUUGCCCAAGUGAAGUAAAUAAGACAAUAUUAUUUUUCUAUGGCAUAUAAUCAUCCAUCAAUUACUUAAAUACAGUUCACCCUCUAAUUCAAGACCAAUAUUGGGACCAAAAGAUUUGGUCCCCAAUUAGAAAGUCCUAAAUAGAGACCAUGGCUAAAAGUGGUCAAUAAACAUACGGAAAAUCGGAAGUGGUCACUAAAUUGAAACUGUAUUCUUUUGGCUUGUGCUUAUUUUUAUCCCUCUGGUUUUUAAAUACCGUAUUUAUUCGAAUAAACGGCCGGAGCGUUUAUUGUUGACAAUGGUUUUUGAGGGGGAGGGGUUUAUUCGAGGGAGGCGGUUUUUUUUUUCUUUGGUGUAAAAUGGAUAUGUAUAUACUCAAAUAAAUGCUCCUUAAUUUCACUGUAAAUGUAGAACUACAACACAUAUUUACCACCAAAGGUGUUUGCGUGUACAAAGACGUAUUGAUACAAACCAGGUUAGAAUACAUGUAAUUCUAUACUGGAGUAGAACCUUAAUAGAAUAUGUUGAGAUUGAGAAUGAUGUUUCUUCCAUUUAUUUUGGUUACAGUCAUUUAGGGGAUAUGGGGGCGUUUAUUCAAGGAAAAAUAAACGUUUAUUCGAGAGAGGCGUUUUAAAAAUGAUGCUAUGGUUAUAUGUUACUCAUUCAAAUAAAUACGGAAACUGAAUUAUUUUAAAUUAUACACAUUUGAUUGAUUGUUAGAGUAUACAUGUACAUGUAUACAAUUUAUGUAUGGGUUAACCCAUACAUAAAUUCCAAGGAUUACGUAUUAUUACAAAGGCCUAAGAAAGACUAAUGCUGGCUAGCAGGCCUAUGCCGGGAAUACUUCUGAUUAUUUUUAAGACAUCACCAAAAAAUUAAGCGGAACAUGUGCUGCAAGGAAGGAACAAGCUCAAAUUUUGAGAAGUCCAAAUAAGGUCUCAGAACGAUUAGAGGGGUCUCGAAUUAGAGGGUAGAGUGAACUAAAUGUGCUCAGUGGGCGCAAGGGCGCACGUCCCCUCCAAAACACCCCCUCCCAUUGAAGAUGUUCAAAGUAAAAGAAAUCACGCUCAAGUAGAUAAAAAUCACCUAUCACCUAGUGCUCCCUCGCUUAAUCAUCAACCCUUCCCCCACUUUUCUUUCUCCCCACCCCCUUAUUUCACUGUGGUUGUUAGUUUGUUUUCAUAUGUUUAAUUUUUAACCUUCCGUGGCUUCUACAGUAGUCAACUCCUUAGGGGCGAAUUCCAAUUAAAAUCAACCAACCACAAUGUAAAUAUUAAAGGUAUGCACCAUGCAUGCAAAACAAGAAAAACAUCAAAAAUUUAAAUAACAAUUUGAAAUGCUCAUUUAAAUGAACAAAUAUAUUAUCGUUUUAUAAGCCAAAGAUUAUAGUCACUGUCCAACGGACGCUUUACUAUAAAAAUUCGUAUUUUGCUGCCCUAAAGGCACGGCAUGCAAAGACUACAGAAAUGGUAAAUUUAUCAUUUAAUCAUCCGUUAGAGUAGGCCUAUAUUGAAAGUCACUGGUAUACUCAUAAGCAGCUAUAGUACAGAUAUCCCUACCUACAUUACUAUUACGGUAUCACGUACCAUGCUAACUCUAUGAUAUUACCGUAUUCGCGUUAACUUUGGCUAUUUCGCAUUAGAUCAAAAUUUAAAUGUUUCGUUUUUUGUUAAUAAGUUGCACUGUGAGCAAUAAUAAUAAUACUUGUUUUGCUUCAUUUCUGUAAUGUGACAUUCCACAAUUUUCCCGAUUUAAUUUGUCUCGAAUGCGUGUUAAAAUUAUGAAUUUUCAUCCUAUUCUCGAUCUUGUGAUUGCUUCGGUCGUAUGCACUAAGACGUUACAAUUUAACUGCACUGUCAAAUACAGAGUAGGUGGCACAUUUUUGACUAACGACAUACAGUAUUUUAUUCCAUCAGCUUUCACCCCACUGAACGGGGUUUCAUCAGGUGACUCACCUAAUGAAGCCCCGAUUAACUGGGGCGAAAGUUUGUGAAAUAGAAUACAUCGUUAGUUAAAAAGUGCUGCCUACUCAUUUUUUUUUUCAUUUGUAUACACUAUAAUACGGCUACUGAACAACUUUCUUGUAAUAUACCGGUAAUUAUAUCGGUGAAAUUCUUACACUAUCAGCCUCAUGAGUCACCUUGUUUAGUAUAUAAAUUGUAUAAAUCAUUGGGUCAUUACUUAUAACAUGUAAAUACAUAUUUUUCGUUUAGUAUGCUGGGAAUUCUAAACAUAAGAUUAAAUGUUGUUGUUUAUAAAAAUAUUGUUAAAAAACUUGUGAAACUAAAUUAUAUUCUAUAAGUUCCAUAAUACAUUGUUUUAAUUGCCAAUUCAAUGUAAUUCCAUUCAAUUCAAUUGAUAUUCAAUUGAAAAUGUCGCAUAAAAUUGUGAUUUGUUUCU